GUGUGUUGUUUAGAAGCUCUCAGUUGAGCGUUGCACCGACCGCCAAGCGGUUGGGGAAUCUUCAUCGUCUUAGUUUUUUCAAAAGUUUUAUUUUUUUAAUCAUUUUUUAUCGAUUUGGUUGUUUUUUUGGCAAACGUGAUCGCAUCGUAGUUUUGCUUGACUGGAUUUUCAAGUUGUGGAGGGCGCUUAGUUCGAUUUGAACCUCCGUAUUCCAGCCGCCAACAUAACAGAACACAAAAUUUUGUUAUUCUUAAAUGGCCGACUCAAGUGCUGAUCGUUUGGCUGUCAUUCACCGUCAUCUUUCCAGAGAUUCCGAUGGAAAGGCAGCAGGCCCUAAAGUACCAAGCUCUAUUCCGAAAAAGCGCCAAGAAUUGCUACGAUGGAAUGGAUGGGGCUACGAAGAUUCCGGUUUUGUUUUGAGCAAUCUCGGAACGGAACAAAAUCCAAAAUAUGUUUUCACUUUCAGUGGCAGUCGAUAUGAGAUUGCCAGUGCUGAUCUUCCACACUUCUUUGAUUGGGCUUACGCUACAAUUGGUGUUGAUCCUGCGAAAAAGAAGGACCCUCAAGGCGAACCAAGUUAUCCACCCCCAAUUGUGAAUGAAGGCUUUGUCAGCGAUUUGAAAAAUACCAAAAUCACAUUCUCUUUUGAGGGAAUGGACAGGCUCUUUCGUGCCCAUGGACACACAUUGCAUGACAUCGCCCUUUUGAGAGGAGGCCAGUUCCUCAGGAUACCAGAUGUUGUUGUUUGGCCAGAAUGUCACUCUCACGUGGAAGAAUUGAUAACCCUAGCAUCUAAACAUAAUGUCGCUAUCGUACCCAUUGGUGGGGGAACGAACGUAACCGGAGCAGUGGACUGUAAACAUGGAGAAAAAAGAAUGAUAGUCUCAUUAGAUACUUCACAGAUGAACCAAAUUUUGUGGAUUGACGAUGGGAAUUUGGUGGCUCAUGUCGAAUCUGGAAUUAUUGGAAAAGAUUUGGAAGAUCGAUUACAGGCAAGAGGCUAUACUACAGGACACGAACCUGAUUCAUAUGAAUUUUCCAGUCUCGGUGGAUGGGUAGCCACAAGAGCCUCAGGCAUGAAGAAAAACCGCUAUGGCAACAUUGAAGACUUGGUAGUUGCAUUGCGAGCCGUGACGCCCAACGGCGAAUGGCGAAGCAGCGGAACUUAUCCAAGAGUUUCUACUGGGCCCGAUAUGAAUCACGUGAUGAUCGGAUCAGAAGGAACCCUGGGAGUGGUUACGGAGGUAACUAUUAAGAUCCGCCCCGUUCCACCUGUACGAAAAUAUGCUUCAUUCGUCUUUCCAGAUUUUGAUUGCGGAGUUAAAUUCAUGAGACAAGUUGCUCGCGAUCGCUGUCAGCCGGCUUCCUUGCGUCUAAUGGAUAAUCAGCAGUUCCAGUUUGGCCAAGCACUGCGACCCUCAAAGGGCCCAUUCGGCCUAAUGGUCGACGGCCUCAAGAACUUUUACCUGACUCGUUUGAAAGGAUUAGACAUUGAAAAGAUUUGUGUCGCUACGAUUGUCAUGGAAGGGACAGUCAAAGAAGUGGCCAUUCAAGAAGAGAAACUGACUGGCAUAGGCAUUGAAUUUCAGGGUAUUCCAGCAGGAGAACAUAACGGAAAGCGAGGCUAUCAACUGACUUUUGCCAUCGCUUACAUCAGGGAUAUUGGACUGGAUUAUGGCGUUGUUGCGGAAUCGUUUGAGACGUCAGUUCCAUGGGACCGUGUCGUUAAUGUCGUUAACAACACAAAAAGCCGUUUGGAAAAGGAAUGCGCUGACCGCAAAUUUUCGCACUCGUUUAUUUCGGCUCGAGUCACUCAAGUAUACGAUGCUGGUGCUUGCAUUUAUUUCUACUUUGGCUUUAACUAUGGAAACAUGAGCAUGCUGCAGGCCGUAGAAGUUUAUGAAGAGCUCGAGAUUAUUGCUCGCGAUGAAAUUAUGGCAUCCGGAGGCUCCUUGUCACACCAUCACGGCGUUGGCAAAAUUCGUAAAAAGUGGUUGCCUUCCAUUUUAACGUCCAAUGCUAUCAACGUUCUCCAUUCCAUUAAAAGUACCGUUGAUCCGCAAAAUAUUAUGGCGGCCGGUAAUUUAGUGUUUGACUAAAUAUUAGUUUCCUUGACAUUCUUGGUUGAAUCCGCUCAAUAUCGAGAUCAUUCAAUUACAAUUACAUCAAUUACAAAUUUUCAUUUUACUCUAAAAAAUAAACCCAUGGACCUUGAUACAACAAUUGAAAAUUCUGAUUCUGCCAUAUUUUUUUUUAUUUUUUUUUUAAAUACCGAGAGUGCUUUUCUAUUAUCCUUCUUAAGAUGUUUGUCGUUCGUUUUCUUUUUUUUUAAAUGAGGAAAUAAACAGAAAGCCG